AUGACGAGGGCCUGUCUGGCCCGCACGGGGUUCGCUCACUCAUUGCCGGCCGACCCGGAAAAGCACAAACAACUUUCUACCUUUUCCGGAAAACCUAACUUUUCGAACCCUUUUCUCCCCCCGCAGAUCCUGGCCGCCCUCCUGUUGACAACCUUGGCCGUGGCAAGGCCCGCGGCGGACGACGGAGCGGCCACCAUCGUGAAGCAAACCCAGGAGGUCAACCCGGACGGAUCGUUCAGCUAUGCGUUCGAAACGAGCAACGGGAUCCGGGCGAGUGCGUCCAGCCCGGACGGCGGUGCCACCAUCAGCGGGGAGUACUCGUGGACGGGGCCGGACGGGGUGACCUACACGGUGCGGUACGUGGCCGACGAGACCGGGUUCCACCCGGAGGGGGCGCACAUUCCAAAGUGAGGUGGGACUGUUUCUUGAGGGGAAUUGAAAUAGUUGAAUUUUUAGAACAAAUAGUAGGCAGUUGUGAAAAUGCUUGUAAUAUUCUGUAAAUAAAUGCAAAUGAAUUUAAAAGUUUCUUGAAUCCUAUUCAAAUUAUGAAAAAUUGAACUUCGCUUCAUCACAAAGUUUCAAGUUUGCUAACAGCUGAUCCGGAGCUUUUGGUACGGUA